CAGCUGUCAGUCCAAGACUAGCCACGAUUUCCACCAGGCAGAAGCAAGGAACUCUGGGUAGGGGUGAAUGCAAGACCUUCAAAGCUGCAGAGACGGCAAUAUUCAAACCCAAGUGCAAUACAGGUAAUCACAGAGUACAAGCAGCAGGAGGGCCAUUCCUUGGAACUGCCUCAUCUGCGAGUCUUAAGCCCCAACUGAAUAGAUGCCAAACUCCUCAGACUCCCACCCGCUCCUCUCUUAUGGGUCCGUCGCCUACUCCCACUUCUAGACUACCACGCAAAACCCUGGGGCCAUCCAGAAGCCUUGCUGAAAACAGUGUUCACACUGAGCUGAGUGAAGGGGCUGGGAGUACACACAUUUUCGGAGGAGCUGCACAUAAACAGACACCAUUCAGAACUGCCGUGCUGAAAGCAAAACUCAUCACAAGCCCUGGGAAAAACUCAAGAACAGCUUUGGCCACAGCAUGCAAAUCUGCCGCUCCAACAAACAAAGGACAAACCGUCUGUCCAUUUAAAAGAACUGUUUCUGCAAGACUUCGUCUGACUUCAAGUGGACCUCUGGACAAGAGCAAACCCAAGACCAACCCCCGCCCACAUCCACCUCCACAGCAAACAUCCCAACCUAACCAGAGUAAUGGUCCUCCGGAUGUGGUACCAGCGAGUGUGGCUGAGGACGGCUCAAAGGACCAGAGGACCCAGCGGCUCACAGCGCUCCUGGCAGCUAGUGACCGUAGAUUUGAGGCAAUCACCAUCGUCUUGCAGCAAACUUUGUCUGAGCGUGAAGAAGCCACGAGGCAUUGCAGGGAGCUUUCCCAGGAGCUGGUCAACCUCAGAGGAGAGCUGGUCUGCUCCGUUCAUUCAUCUGAACGUCUGGAGAAGGAGAAGGAUGAGCUGCGCGUUGCUCUGGAGGACGCACUGCUCAAACUGCAGGAGCAGCACCAGAAGGACCUGGCUGAGCUGGAGCAGAGACUCCAGACCUUCUACCAGGCCGAGUGGGACAAGGUCCACCUCACCUACCAGGAGGAGGCAGACAAGUGCAAGACUCUCAUGCAACAGCAGAUGGGAGAGCUUAAAGCCAAUCAUGAAACCAUUCAGCUGGAACGAGAGAAAAACCAUGCAGAAGAGCUUCAGUGUGUAAAAGAGCAGUGUGAGACGUCCCUGCAAGAGCUUAUCAACGUCCACGGCCAGGAGCUGCAGUCUCUGGAUAAAACACUGAAAGACGCAGAAGCCGCUUUAUCUGGGAAGAUUAAGGAGCUAACUGUGGAGAACAAUGCUCUCAUUGAGAAGCUAACUGCAGAGGAAAACAGGAGGAAAAAGCUGGCUGAAAAGUGUCAGAAGGACUCCCACACCCUGUAUCUGGAACAGGAACUAGAAAGCCUUACAGUGGUGUUGGACAUCAAAAACAAGCAGCUUCACCAGCAGGAGAAGAAGCUGAUGGAGGUCGACAAACUGAAAGAGAAAAAUGUGAAGCUGGAUGAGAGCCUGAAAAAGGUCCAGCAGGAGAAUGAGGACCUGAAGGCCCGCAUGGAUAGACAUGCUGCACUGUCGAGACAGCUGUCGACGGAGCAGGCAGUGCUGCAGGAAACCCUUCAGAAGGAGUCCAAGGUGAACAAGCGCUUGUCGAUGGAGAACGAGGAGCUGAUAUGGAAACUCCAUAAUGGAGACCUGAGUAGCCCCCGCAAGAUGUCCCCCACCUCGUCCUCGCCUUCCCACUCCUUCAGCCUCCAAUCUCCUCGCAGCUCCGGCGUGUUCUCCAGCCCUCCUGUCUCUCCCAGAUAACGAUGGGCCCCUGCUUCCAGCAAGCAGACCCUCUCUUUUGAGUUAUCCCCCUGGAAUUUAGAGCCAUGUUUGUUUCCUUUUAGCAUCGCAGCAGCCUGACCUUGGCUCCUUCAGGCUUGGAUGAACUCUUGAAACUCUGCAUAGUGAGACGCUACAGACUGUAAAAAAAAAAAAAAAAUGUUGCACAGAAGCACUUAAAAAGCACGGUGACCUUGUUCUUUGCCUUUAACGUCUCCUACAAUGGAUGGGGGAAAGGAAAUCUCAGGACUUGUAUGAAAUGAUGACACUAUUUUUGUUACUUGUUCGUUUUUGCAGAGGCUUGUUUUGACACGCACAUAGUACAUGCAGUAAAAAAUACACAGUCAAAUAAUAUAUAUCUAUAUAUGUAUAUGCUGGAGAGAGGACAUCACAGCCAUGAAUACAGAUGAUUAUCUUUCUCCUCCGUUCUAUCUUUCUGAAAUAUGUAUGAAAUAUGGGCUUUUGCACCAUUUCUCAUAUCUAUCUGUGCAAAGGGACAGACGAAUUGUCCAAUUACUCAGCUGCUCGUUACUGCAGCAGCGCCGUGAAAAUCCAAAUCUGUGUUUGCAAUUUUUUGUCAAAUGUUAGAAUAUUUUACAUCUGAGUUGGCAAUUUGAGCAUCAUCUGUGGCCUCAAACAUGUUUUGUCUUUCAGUUUAUUAUUUUGCGUUCAACCAUGGGACCAAUCCAAGUCUUUGUGCAUGUGUUUGAGUUUUAUCGCCCCUCACUUAACCCUUUCAAUGUAGCUUUAAAGUUUGUGUGGAAUUGUCCUUAUUUGUGUGUUGAUCCUAUUUUGAAAUAUGCAAUUAAUAAAGUCUUGUAUUAAACCUUA